AUGGGUGCCACUUCUAAUGUUGCAUCAACUUCAAGAACUGUGGAGGCAAGACCGUCCUUUCCUGCAUAUCCUUCGACUACACCUCCCCCGCCUGCUUCUAAGAGUAGUUCCGCUAAUCGGCCCUCUCGUUCAGUAAGCGAGCCGGGCGGCCUAAUGUCGGUGCCCGAGACGCCGGUCGUCAUAGGUAAACGGAAAGCCGACCAACUUGAGACCACGCCGCCCGAUACCAGAGCAGUGCAGCAUCCUAGUUUCAUCAUCCCUGCUAGAGGGGUGCGUCGCUCUUAUCGCUCGUCUGAGACAUCCAAUGCAGCCUCUUCCUAUCAGCACAAACGCGUCCGGCUAUCCUCUACGACUCCAGCUGCAUCUCCUGCACAUUCGAGACCCAGCUCAUCCGCCCACGGAGCGAUCUCAGCAGACAAUGCGUCACCUAGCCGACUCGGAGGACGCACACUCGUUCAGCUUGGCUCCGCUCUCCCAUCCACACAAUCAACGACUCGCACGGCUUCCUUCACUGGCCGCCGCGAGAGCUGGCGAAGGAUAUCGCAGGGGUCCAUUCCCAUCAGUGCCAUUGUUAGACCACGCCCACCAUCCGUGGCGACUUCCGGCGCAUACUCGAUGUAUGAUCCACGGAAACCUAGAAUCAAGCGAACAGGAUGGGCACCGCACCUUGGAGGAGAUUUCGAAGACGCAUCGCCGCUGCACGCCUGGUGUUUCUUCGUCGGCUUCAUUGUCUUCCCGAUUUGGUGGAUAGCGUCAUUUCUUCCCAUUCCUAAGACGCGUGAAGUCGGGGGUACAGAUACGGAAAAGGCGGUACCGCUAGACGACCCCCAGGUGGAACAUGACGCAAUAAUUUGGCGAAAACGCUGCCGCAUAAUGUCUGGGAUAGCUUUCCUGACAUAUAUUCCGUUUAUCGUCCUUGUGGCUGUCCUUGUUCCCCUGCACAUCUGA